GGAAGAGUCAGGCUGAUGGAGAGAAGUGAAAUAUGAACUCAUCAGCGUUUCCUGCAGGCAACACAACGGUUAAUCAGUUCCUGCUGGUCAGAGACACUUUCACCACAGCCUUUGUGAAGAACCUGAUCGUGGUUUUAGUCUGGCUCAUACUCAGUUACAUCAACAGCACCUUGGUUAUCACCUUCUUUAAACAUCAGGUGUUUUAUGAAGACCCUCGUUACAUCCUCUUCAUCCACAUGGUGAUCAACGAUUGUAUCCAGCUCACCGUCACCAUCACGCUCUUUGUCCUCAGCUACAUCUUCUACAGGAUCAACGUCUCCUUCUGCUGCUUCUUCAUCCUGGUGGCCGUCUUCACCACUAGAAACACACCAGUCAGCUUAGCGAGCAUGGCCAUAGAGCGCUACAUCGCUAUCUGUGAUCCUUUACGCCACCCUCAGAUCUGCACUGUGAGGAGGACCUACAUGGUCAUCGGGUGUAUUUGGUUCAUUUCUGUGGCUCCAGAUAUCACUGAUCUGUUUGUGACUCUUGCAACCGAGUCCCUGAGCUUCUUCCAUCAGUCUGUGUUCUGUCUGCGUCAGAAUGUCUUCAAAGAUCCCAUCCUGGCCUACAAGAGGCAGGUCUUUGAUAUCAUGUACUUCUCAUGUGUGGUCCUCAUCCUGGUCUACACCUACCUGAGGAUCCUGUUCGCAGCCCGGGCUCUCUCCACAGAGAAGAUUUCAGCCAAGAGAGCCAGGAACACCAUCCUGCUGCAUGGGGCCCAGCUGGCCAUGUGCAUGCUCUCCUACAUCUCCCCGAGCGUGGAGAUCGUCCUCCACCUCAUCUUCCACGGGAGAAUCUUAGAGAUCCGAUAUGCAAACUACCUCAUCGUAUACAUCCUGCCACGCUUCCUGAGCCCCAUCAUCUAUGGAGUCAGAGACAAGCAGUUCAGGAGGUACCUCAAAAUGUACCUGCUGAACAACAGGUGCAGGAUCAAACGGAAGGCAGUGACACCACUGGACAAAGAUAGCAUGUGACGCCUGAUUCAGGGAACACGUUUGAUUAAAUGUAUUUACUCUAGGUUAAAGCUAACCUUAUGAUUUAUCUCUGUGAAGAAAAUAUAAUCACCAUUUCAAUAAAGUAUUUGCUUAUGUAACAUGAAGCAUGUACCUUCAA